AUGACCGAUCCACAAAAUUUCCGUGUUGUGAUCAUUGGAGGGGGUCUUGCAGGCAGUUGCCUUGCAAAUGGGCUAUUACGCAAUGGCAUCGAUUUUUCUUUAUACGAACGGCUACCGGAAAACAGCAAACGCGAAGGAUACCAGAUCAGGCUAGGUGCUGAUGCUUUGAAAGGCAUGCGAGCAUGCCUAUCCCCAGAAAAUCUGGACCUGAUCGUGCAAAACUUUGGGCCAGCCAGCGGCAACAAAUCCGAGGCUCCGGUUGUCAGAAACGAGAAAUUUGAAACUAUGCUGGACUUGACCAUUUUCCCUACUUACAACAAAUCUGCACCUAUAAGCCGCGUAAUUUUGAGAGAUGCCUUGGCGGCACCUGUAGCUGCCUCUGGAAAGCUCGAAUAUGGCAAGGAAUUUGAUCGUUACGAAAUCGUAGACUUCGGCACUCCGAAAGAGAGAGUCAGGGUCUGGUUCAAAGAUGGAUCCCAUGACCACUGUGACAUUCUGAUUGGGGCCGAUGGUAGUCAUUCAAAGAUCAACAAACAGAUUGGCUUGAAUAAUCUUGUCCAACUGAAUGAUUACACUAGUAUGGCAGCCAAGAGCAAUCUUUCUGCUCAACGGCUUCAAGAAACUAACCCAAAAAUCCUCGAAAAACCAAUCCUGACUUUCGCGGAUGGGAAAACUUUAUAUUACUGUGCCUAUUUGCCAAAGUCCUCGAACUCUGCGGAUUCCCGAAAUGAAGAUGUUUCAUCUUCGAUGUUUGGCUUUCAUGUUCCCUCUUCCACGUGCCCGGAAAAUUUGUCAAGUCUAUCGCAGAAGGCCAAGUGGGAUCUUGUAAGAGAAAUACUAUCGGAAUGGUCAUCGGAAUAUCACGAUAUAAUUGAACUUGUACAGGAUUCUGACAUUUAUGUCUACAGGAGCAUGGUCAGUGUAAAUCCAGGGCAAGGUUGGAGAGCCAAAGUUAGGUCUAGGAAAGAACCGGAGAAAGGCGAUAGCCGCAUCUGGUUAUUGGGAGAUGCCAUCCAUGCGAUGCUGCCGACCCGUGGUAUGGGGGGUAAUACAGCUCUUCGCGACACCGCAACCGCCCUUGACUUGCUUCGACAACUUUCUUCCUUUUCUGGGCCGAGCCGUAAGGUAGAAAAACGUGCAAUAGAUAGGGCUUGUACGGAGUUCGAAGCUGAGAUGAUUCCACGGGCGUUUAAUUGGGUCAGAAAAAGUGGAGGUACAACAGUUGUGCCUGUCGAUGCUAGCACGAUCUGGGGUAAAGUUUUCUUCACUCUGGCUGCUAUAGGCAUGCGACUGUCCUAUUACUUUCAACAAAUGCUUGGGCGCUCUGUGAAUACAUCUAUUGUUGAUGAUUGCCCAGAAUUAAAAUAA